AAUCAAAGUUACUAAAACUUGUGUGUGCAUGGUCAUUUAAUUCGAAAUAACGUAUAAGAUAGAGUUAGAUACUCAACACGAUAUUUAGAAUUAAAACUGAAAAAUCAAACGAACUCGAACAUCCCAAAAGUCAAAAGUUCAAGAUUGCCAGUAUUAUAUAUCAUAUGAGUUUCCUUUCAAGGAAGAAAACUUAACCUUGAACAGAGGAACGAGAAAGAAAUUAAAAAAAUUAUGAUUACAAAGACUGUAUCUACACAACUAUAUGACAGCUACUAAUUAAAGUUUUUACAGGGUCUUAAUACGUCUUGUGGUUGACAUGAAGAGUUCAUUAUAUAUGUCUUAAAGAAACAUUUGAUCUUAUUUUGUUUAAAGCUCACAGUGAAUUUUGUAAACUACUUUCGUGUUACGAAAGACAACAAAACACAUUGACAAGGAAAAUGCCAUCCAUAAUUAUGGUAAUACAACAUUUGAUACCAAAACGGUACCUCGCUUAUAAUAAUGUUUGAACGAAACUCUGUAUACAACCUUCAUAUUUACUAAGACUAAAGGUUUAUUCUGGCUAUUCAUACAUUUUGAAUUUUAUAGGUAAAAUAUGAAGAAAGUCAUUUAGGAGUUCCCAGAAUUAUUUUGUAAACAAACAGAUUAAGUCGGAUUACGUUUGAUUUUGUUGUAACAACACUUGAUUAAUUAAUCACGGUAAAUACAGGUAAAGUUGGGGGAAAGAAAGAGAAUCAUCGGAAAACUUUUUAUUAAUAUUACAACAUUUUAUUAAAUAAUUGUAUAGCAUAUUUUUUACAUCACUGCGUCGAUACCUCUGCUGGUGGACUAUCAGUCCCCGAGGGUAUCAUCAGCUCUGUAGUCAGUACUUCGGUACUGACAUGAUUUAUAACAAACUUUACUAAAAUUGUCCGUUUAUAAAUUUUGAAAUUAUAAAGAAACUAAGGUUUCAACUCCCUCAGGUAAAGUUGACCUUAGAUGGAUUUUCGCUAUUUGUUUUAGGUAUUUUGGUCAUAUAGCUCCUCAACUGUUUCGGUACUUAUACAUCCCUCGGAUUUCAAAUGUUUGGCUUUGAGCGUUCCUGAUGAAGGUAAAUCCAGAAAAGCGCUUCGGACGCAUGAAAUUAUUAAACGUGUUGUUUUCAAUACAUAGUAUUAGCACACUAUAUAUCAAAUUGAACACGUAGUAGGAUAAAGUUUUCAUUAUGACAUUAUAUUUCAGUAGCACUAAAUUGUUAAACAUAUAGAGAAUUCACAAAGUCUUAGUCAAUAUGCAUGAGGUGAGAAGCAGCAUCAGCAUACUAAAUUGGCGUGGGUUCUUCAUUUUGUAGUCUUGUUUUCAAUGCUUCAAGUCAAUUGUCGAUCUCACGAUAUUUUCUUUUCUUGAUAACAAGUUUCCCACCAGUAUUGAAGCAGGGUACAUGCGUGGAUGGCUUCUUCGUGAUUUAAUAACUUUAUCAUAUAAAAGAUGUUUGCCUUGACCAACUUCUUCAAUUUGCUAUGCCAGCCUUCCGAAUGAUUUGUUGUUCUUAUGUUGGGUGAUGGUCCCAUAGGCUUUGGUUACCUUCCACCCAGUAGCUUGUUACAUAGUCUGCGAAAGCAAGUGUUGGUAUAUUAGUAUCUGCAUCAUCAAUGUCCUAUAUAAAAUCGUGUAGACAAAUAUGUUUUCUGAACAAAUAACCUUAGUCAGUGUCGAACAUCGAUACUGUCGAAGGCUAUUUGCAUAAUAUUAUCAAAGUAACCAAGUAAAUCGGAUGUUUUUAUGAGAAAACAUAUCAUAUUUUUCACCAGAUUUGGCUUGGCUUUUUUUAUUGAAAUUAAUUUAAAAUGCAACAAGAUUCUAAUGGCUUUUCGGAUAUCUGUAACUUGAUGGGGUCAUGAUGAGUAAAUCUAUUUGAAAUCCUUUCCAACCUUAAUUUAUAAUCGCAAAAUAUAUAUCAUGGCUCAAUACUGAUGUAUGAGAUGGCGUUUUAAAAAAAUGUGAACAUUUAUAGUUAUUUUUAAUUUGAAGUUCAAACACAAGAUUUAAAAAAAAAAUUCUUCUCGAAUAAGCAGUACGACAUGUAGUUUCUCUUCACUAAACAAACCUUUAAACAGACUUAUUCGGAAGGGAUAUAGUUACGAUACUGUUGUCAGAUCAUUAAGGAUUGCAUAUUUUGGUAUUAAUAUUGAUUCACUCAUAGGGUCUUUGCAUCGGAAAUAAACACAUUUAUUCUAAAACCAGUUGUUGGCAUGAUACGGGUUAUGUUCUCAUAUAUUUUUUAUGACGGUAUGAUACUAAACCCCUAACGGGAGGGAUUCUACCUGAUUUACAUAUGAUGAAGACAUAAUCUUUUAAUCAGUUUAAUUGAGGUCUGGAGCUGGCAUGCCAGUAACUGCUAGUAGUCCUUUGUUAAUUUAUGUAUCAUUGUCAUUUUGCUUAGUUUCUUUUGUUACCUAUUCUGACAUCGGACUCGGACUUCUUUUAAACUGAGUUUUACUGUGCGUAUUGCUAUGUGUUUCUUUAUUCUACAUUGGUAAGAGGUAUAGGGGAGGGUUGAGAUCUCACAAAACAUGUUUAACCCCGCCGCAUUUUUGCGCCUGUUCCAAGUCAUGAGCCUCUGGCCUUUGUUAGUCUUGUAUUUUUUUUUAAUUUUAGUUCCUUUAUAUGUUUUGGAGUUUAGUGUGACGUCCAUUUUCACUGAGCCAGUACACAAUUUUAUUUAGGGGCCAGCUGAGGACCACCUCCGGGUUCGGGAUUUUCUCGCUGCGUUGAAGACCCAUUGGUGGCCUUCGGCUGUUAUCUUUUCUUUGGUCGGGUUGUUGUCUCUUUGACAUAUUCCCCAUUUCUAUUCUCAAUUUUAUCUCUUCACAGACAAGGUUUAAAUUGUGAAAGAUGUUAAAAGUAGUUUCAUAAGAAGAGAUUAUUAAGGUUUAAAUAUUUAUUGAUUGUUUGUUGCUUGUUUAAAGUGCAGUGGCAAGCAUUGCACGCAAAUUCAGGACUAAAACAAAUUAACAAUUAACACAAUAGGUAGGUUCUGCAGGUAGGUGGACAGGGAUGAAAGGCUUGAAAUUUGGAAUGCCACUGGAAAAUGUGGUUAUGAUGGAUAGCGGCAGAAAUAUUUCCUUGCAACAGUCCACCCACGGACCAAUCAGAGAGUUGUUUCAAGGGUUAUUCAACGUUCAGAGAGCAUGACACUCGCCCUUCAUAAUGCAUCGGAUUGACCGACCCCAUUCCGACUGGAACGUGCCUGCGAAUUAAUACAUUACGCGCAGCCAAACGGACGCCUCACUUUAGCAAGGGAUUUACUGCAUGUGCAGAAGGAGUCAAGAAAUGAGUUAUAAAGACAUUAAACCUUAUUUGACCUUCAUUAUGUUACGCGAGCAAAAGUUGCACAGUAUUAAUAAUAACUUUUGAGAACUUAAAAAUCAACAUAGCCCAAACAGAGCAGUUUAAACCAUCGGACGUAAACUUUUCCUGAGGCAGAUGGAGCCUUGAAUUUUAUAAAUUUACGUAAUUGAUGCAAUUAAAAUUAAUAAAAAAUAAACAAAAUGUAUUAUUUGAUUCAUGAAAGUACUCAAUCACCGACCCAAUGAUUAUAUAAUUUUUUUUAUGAUAUAAUUUCCGUGAACAUUACAUAUGUUUCUAGAAUUAACUUCAUUAGGUACGCUCGAGAUCACAAAUUUGAAAAAAAAAAGAAAAGUGUGUAAAAUGUUUUAAAGCUUUAAAACUAAUUCUAAACAGAACAGUCAAAACUUUCCAAUAUCGUUUCAUCUGUAAUACUCAAAUUUUUGCCAUUUGAUGUGUUUGAUACUUCAGCUCUACCCUUUUAAAAAAUAACAUAUUUUUAAUAUCUAACCAAAUGGAAAUGCUUAUAAUUCAGUCAACAUGCAAAAAGCAACAGAAACUAAAAUCAUUACUUUUGUCAUAAUAGUGAAGACUAUAAAUAACAAAAAAAAAAAAAAAUUAAUAACAUGCAUGUUGAAUGGAUAGCAAAAGUUAAUGUGCAGUUAUUCGCCUGUGCUAUACACAGCAUGUGUUUAACAAAACCUGAAUCAAGACAGUUAAACAAUAAGUACUAGUGCUUGUAACUUUUUUUGGGGGAAAAAAGUUGCCAAGUUAAGGUGCACAAGAUCCUUUACAUAUUAUAAAUUGUACACACAAGCUCCUUCUAUGAGAUAUUCUUUAACGAUAAUACUGCUACAUAUUAAACCUUAUAACAUACACUUAUUGUUUUAUAUUGUCAUUUUAUUUUCCCGGUUCAGUACAUUUCAUUAAAAGUAAAAAUUGAAACGGCUUAAACAAAAUGUAUACUUUUAUUCUUUAAAGGUAGGAAAUCGUAUUUUCACAAGUGAAAUUGAUACUUUUUAGACAUGAAAAAAAUCCUGUAGCAGUAGAUAAGACCGCAUUUUAGAUUUUAACUACGAUUAUUUUCUUUAUUGGUAAAUAUGCAAUUUUUCAUUAGAUUUAAGUCACGUAAGACAAGUAAAAUGUUCUUUUUGAUAUUUUGCCAAAAGUUGUAAAAAAAUUUAAUUGUAAAAAUAUUUUAUCAUUUCAAUUAUAUUUAAACAGGGAAAGAAAUAAGUUGAUUAGCCGUAAUGUAAAAUGGCAUCGAUUCGGGUACCGAAUGGUUGUAGAUCUCGGCCUGGUAUAGAACAAGUUUUACGUUACCCUGUAGGAACCAGGAUGUUCGAAAAUGCUGUGAAAGAGUAUUACGACAUGCUUCGGAUGGACAAAGAAUUGUCUUUUAGGGAUCAAUAUUUGUAUAAGUAUCUGGAAGACAAACAUAGUCUCCGUCGAAAAAUUGAUCCUAGUGAAGACUCCGAAGGGUACCCUGACAGUAAAUUGUAUAAGUUGUUGAAUGAAUCAUACCUGAAGUACAGAAUGCAAAUACAACACCGAGCAAUUGAAGAAUUUAUUUUUCUUCGUGAUGUCAAAGACCAUUAUAUUAAACUGACGAAAGGACCUGAAUCAAAAACAUUUCAAAACCUUCCUGAUUCGUUAAGUCCUCGAAGUAGACCUGAAUAUUUCAGUCCAAGGAGUAGAGACCUGGAACGAACACCAUCAACUAGAGAAGUGCCAACCACGCCAAUAAGAAUCAAUGGUGUAAUAUACUAUCCUCAACCAAUGUACCAGGAAUCCAAUAGCAGGAUAUCAUUACAGAAUGAACUUGUCAGUAAACUACAGACAGAAGUGAACAAAUGUAACCAAGUUAUAGAUGACUUAAGAGACAGGCUGAGUAAAACUGCUAGUCGAGAAUUAAAAGAUGGUGGACCCAGUGUACUGUAUACAGAUAACUAUACUCCAACCCGGAUAUCUGAGGAAUUUAACUCUAUAUUCAUCGUAGAAUGGUCUAAGGCCCUCAAAUCACUUACUGCUAACAAAAUGGAAUCAAAUGAAGAGGAGGCUAUCUCACUACUUAUGAACAUCGUACAGAAUGGCUAUGAAUUUUGUCGCCAAUACGCUGUUGAUCAACUCCAGAAAUUGUCUUUUAGUAUAGAAAAAGGUUUAGAAGAUCCAUUUCUCACGAUCCUGGAUUUACGAAAUGUAAAGUAUGACCAGCGAAAACGGAUACCAGACUCAUUGAUGAGAGAGUUGAAGCGGAUGAGAAAGGCAGAACAUGCACACACAAUUGUGCAUGCCACUCAGAAAUUCAAAGACGGAGACUUAUUGCGUAAUCCAAAGUACAACUAUCGACAUUCCCCAGAAAUAGAAGCUUUCGUGAACUCAAUAGUUGAAGCUUUAUGGCUAAUGGCAAUACAAGAUCCGCCCAUGACCCUAGGGUGGCCUCAACCUAAUGACGUAUUUAACGAUGCAAUGUAUAUGCCUUAUAAGAAACAAGGAUCAAUUGUGAAGCAUGCAGUGUGGCCUGCUGUGUACCUUCAUGCGAAAGGACCGUUAAUCAAAAAAGGAUAUGUACAACCAGUUUAACUCAGUUUAAAUUUUACUGUAAUGCAUAUAUUUGAUAAAACUUUUUGAAAGCAUUCUACCAAUCUAAGUCAGAAUUUAGUUUUUUUUUUAUCUGUGUAUCAUUUCUUUAAGCAUU